CACUAUUGACUCAGUCUUCCACAGGAACAGACAAGCUGUGUUCCUUCUCCCUCACCCCGCUCUUCUCACCCCGCUCUCCUCACACCGCUCUUGGGAUCCACAUCCAUCCUGUCCACCUGAGCCACGUAACAGACAUGGGGCUCCACCACAAAGAGUUUGACAAGGCAGGCAAAUCUGCUGGCCUCCAGGUAUGGAGGAUUGAGCGUAUAGAUAUGGCGCCUGUACCAGAUCAUUUGCAUGGGAAUUUCUACAUUGGGGAUGCCUAUGUGAUUCUCCGUACAGUCAAGCAGAAGGACAUCUGCUUCUAUGAUCUGCACUACUGGUUAGGGAAGGAAUGUACUCAAGAUGAGAGUACAGCGGCAGCCAUCUUUACUGUCCAGCUGGAUGACUUCCUGGGAGGAAAGCCCGUCCAGUACCGCGAGCUUCAGGGAGUGGAGUCAACGGUCUUCACUAGCUACUUCAAGGGGGGCAUCACUUACAAAGUGGGAGGAGUGGCGUCAGGGUUCCAGCAUGUGGUCACCAACGACCUUACUGCCCAGAGACUCUUCCACAUCAAGGGCCGCCGUGUUGUCAGGGCGACCGAGGUCCCUCUCGAUUGGUCCAGUUUCAACAAGGGGGACUGCUUCAUCAUUGACCUUGGCGCUGUGAUCUACCAGUGGUGUGGAUCUAUGUGUAACAAGUUUGAGCGUGUGAAGGCGACCCAGGUGGCGAUUGGCAUCCGCGACAACGAGAGGAAUGGACGGGCAAAAGUGGUGGUGAUGGAAGAGGGGAGUGAGCCUUCUGAGCUCACUAAGGUUCUUGGAGAGAAGCCAGAGAUACCUGAGGGAGACGACAGCGAUGACGUGGUGGCGGACAUGUCCAACAGGAAACUGGCCAAACUCUUCAUGGUUUCCGAUGAAUCCGGGUCCAUGCAGGUGUCCCUGGUGUCCGAGGAGAAUCCCUUCCUCCAGAGCCACCUGCUGUCUGAAGAGUGCUUCAUCCUGGACCACGGCAAAAACAACAGGAUAUUUGUAUGGAAAGGGCGCAACGCCAACCCCAACGAGAGGAAGGAAGCCAUGAAGACUGCUGAGGGAUUCAUCAAGCAGAUGGGCUACCCGCCCAACACUCAGAUCCAGGUUCUUCCGGAAGGUGGUGAGACCCCCAUCUUCAAGCAGUUCUUCCUAGGCUGGAAGGACAGGAACCAGAGCGAGGGCUUCGGUAAGGUCUAUGUCACAGAGAGAAUCGCGAGGAUCCAGCAGGUGAAGUUUGAUGCAUCCAAACUUCACGAGUCCCAGCUCAUGGCAGCCCAGUACAAUAUGGUGGAUGACGGUUCAGGAGACACACAGAUCUGGAGAGUGGAGAGCAGUGGUCGAGUUCCCGUUGAACCAAAGACAUACGGACAGUUCUACGGCGGGGACUCUUACAUCAUCUUAUACACAUAUAAAAGAGGACAGGUCAUUUACACUUGGCAGGGGGCGUCCAGCACUCAGGAUGAGCUUACAGCCUCGGCCUUUUUGACUGUGGAGCUGGAUCGCUCUCUGGGCGGAAACGCCGUCCAGGUACGGGUCUCCCAGGGUAAGGAGCCUGCCCAUCUGCUGAGCCUGUUCAAAGCCAAGCCCCUCAUCGUUUACAAGAGUGGUACGUCCAGGAAGGGGGGGCAGGCCUCCGCGCCCCUUACACGCCUCUUCCAGGUGCGCCGGAACCUGGGCACUAUCACACGCAUCUUUGAGGUUGAGGUCCAGACUAGCAGCUUGAAUUCCAACGAUGCCUACCUGCUGAAGCUGCCGCAGGGGCAGGGGUAUGUGUGGGUGGGCAAGGGGGCCAGCGAGGAGGAGGAGCGGGGGGCAAAGUUCAUGAGCGAGGAGUUGAACUGUAAAACCAAGCGCAUCAUGGAAGGACAGGAACCAGCUGAGUUUUGGACUGCAUUGGGGGGAAAGUCGGAUUACCAGACCUCCACCCAACUGGAGAGUAAGGACAGUCCCCCCCCUCGCCUGUUUGCCUGCUCCAACAAGACAGGCAGGUUUAUUAUUGAAGAAGUUCCGGGAGACUUCACCCAGGAGGACCUGGCUGAGGAUGAUGUCAUGCUGCUGGACACCUGGGAGCAGGUGUUUGUCUGGAUAGGCAAGGAUGCCAACGAGGUGGAGAAGACUGAAUCAGUCAAAUGUGCUAAGACAUAUAUUGAGACAGACCCAGGGGGGCGGGACAAGCGGACCUCCGUGGUGACAGUCAAGCAGGGCCACGAGCCCCCCACCUUCUCAGGCUGGUUCCUGGGCUGGGACUUCCAGUGCUGGGACUCGGACCACACUGCCAGAUCCAUGAGCGCACUCCAGCUAUAGUGACAGCAUUGCUUUGAUUACCGGUAGAUAGAAAUGGGCUGAUGUUACUGUUUGGACGCUGUUUUUUGUGUGUAUGCUUUUAAAAAAGUUUUCUUACUGGUAGUAGUACUUAAUAUAAUCUUUUGGUUGAUAUGAAUGCUGAGCUUUUUAUUUUGUCAUUAAAGUUUUUUAUUAUCUCCA